UUUAUGUGAAGUAGUCCCGCAUUAUUCCAUCUUUUAUUUUUAUUUUUAGAGAUUUUAAAAGUUUUACAAAAUAUUCUAUUAAAUGUGGGUGUGAGAUGCAUGAAACUCACACCAACGAAACUAUUAAACUUGUUCAUUCAUGUCACAACCAUAUUUCACCAAAAUUUCAUAGUUCUCUGAAUCUCAGCAGCCAUGGACCAAACACCGCAUGUAGCUUUUUUACCAAGUCCAGGUAUGGGCCAUCUCAUCCCUUUCAUUGAAUUGGCCAAGCAACUCGUCCACCGCCACCACCUCUCCGCCACCAUCAUCAUCCCCUCCGCCGCACCACCCACUAAAGCCCAGAAAACAGUCCUCCAAACCCUCCCCAAAACCAUCCACCACAUCUACCUACCACCUGUUCAAUUACCCAAUGACAUCAACAACGCGGAAUCCCAAAUCUUCCUCACCAUGACUCUCUCUCUUCCCUCUCUUAAAUCCACCCUAUCCUCCCUAACCGCCACCACCCACCUGGCAGCGCUUGUCGUCGAUUCAUUCGGGCUUGAGGCCUUCGACGUAGCGAAAGAAUUCAGCCUCUUACCGUACUUGUUCUUCCCUUCGACAGCCAUGGUACUGCUGUUUUGCUUAAAUUUGCCCAUGAUCGAUGAGACGGUUACGGGUGAGUAUAGGGAUCUACCUGAACCAAUACAACUCCCUGGUUGUGUACCGGUUCACGGUAAAGAUCUCGUGGACCCGGUUCAGGACCGGUCGCACGACUCGUACAAGGGUCUCCUACGGAAUAUAAAGCAGUUCGGUUCGGCCGAGGGGAUAAUUCUGAAUAGCUUUGUGGACUUGGAAGAGGGAGCUUUAAAAGCUUUACAGGACGAAGGGUUGGGCAAGCCGCCGGUUUACGCAGUCGGACCUCUCGUCCAAGCUGGUUCGACUGAGGCGUUAGAGCGGUCCGUGUGUUUGCAAUGGUUGGAUGGUCAGCCAAGUGAGUCAGUAGUGUUUGUCUCAUUUGGAAGUGGUGGCACUCUCUCUCAAGACCAACUCAAUGAGCUAGCAUUGGGUUUAGAACGGAGUGGCCAAAGAUUUUUGUGGGUAGUGAGAAGUCCUAAUGACAAGUCUGCCAAUGCUGCAUAUUUCAACGCACAAAGCCAAAACGACCCUUUGAGUUUCUUGCCAAAAGGUUUUUCGGAGAGGACACAAGGACAAGGCCUAGUGGUGCCGUCAUGGGCACCACAAAUCGAGGUGCUAAGCCACCGCGCUGCCGGAGGUUUUUUGACGCACUGUGGAUGGAAUUCGACCCUAGAGAGUAUUGUCCAUGGUGUUCCUCUCAUCGCUUGGCCACUCUAUGCAGAGCAGAAGAUGAAUGCAGUGAUGUUGACUGAGGGUUUGAAAGUGUCACUGAGACCGAGAAGUGAUGAAUCGGGGCUAGUGGGACGAGAAGAGAUUGCAGAAGUUUUGAAAAGUCUAAUGGAAGGAGAAGAUGGGAAGAAGGUUCGCCAAAGAAUGGAUGGACUCAAGGAUGCGGCUGCAAAAGUCUUGAGUGAAGAUGGGUCUUCUGCAAAAUCACUAUCUGAUUUGGCAUUCAAAUGGAAAAAUUAUAAGAACAUUUGAGGCCAAAUUAUUAUUAUUAUUAUCAUUAUUUUUUCCAGUUCAACUCAUUUCAUUUUGUCAUGUUUUUCGUAUUUUUUAGUUUUUAUUGUGUUGGCUGCAUGGUGUAUUACGUGUAAUUUGUUGGAUUUGUAAUUUAUUAAUUAUACUUGUUUGCA